GCCGGCUUGUCGCUCGCUCGGAUGGAGUUGCCUACUUCUCACCCCCCACGCCACGUGGGUUUUUUCUAGCUGAGAUCUCGCGUGCUUGCCUUACUUUUAAUUAUCUGCAUUGCACCUAUUCGCUCGCUCUUUGCCAAAAUAAUUUAUAUCCAGACUCGGUAUUGCGAUUUGCGAGAAUAAGACUGAACUCCUUGUUUCUUUUCUCUCUAUGCCAAGUUUUGUAUGUUUAGCUUUCCUGCUACACUACAAGACCUGGUACAAUGGCCGCGGAGACAAACUCGGAUAAUGAUACCGUUGGUAUAACCUCGGGGAAUCUACAGGGUCACGAGGAGCCGGCGGAAAUAGGCCAGCAGCUGGAUCAUUUGGAGAUCGAUGACUUCGAUGAUAAUUGGGAUGGUGAUUCGGCCCUCGGCGGCAUGAGCGUUUUUUCGUCCACGCAGAGUGUUAACAGCAGUAUAUAUGACCACGUAAUAGAGAACGGACGCACGUAUCACCGGUUCAAGGGAGAGCAAAGGAGAUUAGAUUACCAACACCAGUUAUACACUGCGGUACUGAAUGGGAAACUAUUCAUAGCCCCGGUAGGGGACCGUCUCAGAAAUGUCCUUGACGUCGGCACGGGAACGGGGAUAUGGGCCAUUGAAGUCGGUCUUGAGCAUCCUGGCGCUCAUAUUACCGGCACGGAUUUAAGCCCCAUUCAACCCAGCUACGCACCGCCUAAUGUUUCCUUUGAGAUUUGCGAUGCCGAGGACGAAUGGAGCUUCCGGCAGCCCUUCGAUCUCAUCCAUAUGCGUGCAAUGAUAACUUGCUUCAAAAAUUUUCGCGCCAUAUUCGAAGAAGCGUACCGCUCCCUCACCCCAGGGGGCUUCAUCGAGCUGCGCGACCCGAUUCUACCCUUCGCCUUCCUAACACCGCCACCGGAGGGUUGCGCGCUGCAGGAAUGGGGCGAGAAACUGAUGGAGGCAGCUCGGCUGUCGGGGCGUGACUGGGGCAUCGCGACGCGGUACUCGCAGAUGUUGAGCGAUAUCGGCUUCGUAAACGUCACAGAGCGCCGUGAGACUAUCGCCCUGAGCCCCUGGGUCAAGGGCAGUCACAACAAGCAGCUAAGCCUAUUGCUACAGCACGACAUCUUGAACAUGCUUGAGCCCAUGAGUAUGGCGCUUUUUACCCGCGUACUGGGGUGGGAUGCCAAGAGGGUUUUGGACUGCCUGGAGCUGGUGAAGAAGGAUGUGCAGAAUACUAAGAUUCACGCGUAUUCAGAAGGCGUUCAUAUAUAUGCCCAAAAGCCUUAUUAAGUAUAGUAAGCGAUACAAUACAACUUUUUGGUGUAUAUGAAAAUGAAAACAGAAUCCUUUACGUGUGA